CCUCCUUUAAAAAAAAAAAUCAUUUAAUCAGAAUACUGAUAAAACAUGUUAAAAGUUAUAGUUGUAAGUUUUGGAGAUGGAGACAAUCACAACUUUGAUGUGAACCAGAACAACAAGUUACUGUACCAAAAAAGUUCACUGAAGGAUGUUCCUGGGAAAUACAGCAUUGAUGUGAGGGGGUCAUCCUGUGUGUCAGUGCAGACAGCACUUUUCUACAAUGUCCCCACACCUUCUGAAACCAGUACACUGAGCAUCACGACUUCAACUGAGGGAAGCUACAGAAAAUUACUUGGAGAAAAUCUGUUGCUCAAGUUCAAAGUCACAUAUUCUGGGACACUUGAAAGCACUAACAUGAUCAUUGUGGACAUAAAACUCUUAUCAGGGUUCACAGCAGAUCCCGGUGAGCUAAAAAAUGGCACUUUGGUAGAACGAGUCGAUUCCAAAGACGACCAUCUUGUCAUGUAUAUCAAAGAGGGGAGAGAGAUUAUUUAACUGUUUACUCUUUUAAGAGAUAUGGUGUGACAUGUUUGUAAUAUUACUAAUGGUGUAUUUCUUAACAGCUCCAAAGGAAUACUCCUAUCACCUAUUGUCUAAACAUGAAACAGGUACUUCCUGUGAUCAAAAUUUAUGAUUACUACCAAACAAGUGACCACUUUGAGACGGCGUACACUGGUGUCAAUGAUUAUUCCCUUCACUCCCAGGUCUCGGACCACAUGCUGACUUACAGUGCUACAGCGUAUUGCAGUGUAUUUUCUGUUUAUGUAGCCAUUCGUUUUGUUUUGUCUUUGUCUUCUCAUUUGUUAAUUUCCUCACUUGUUCCAAUUGUCUACAGCUGUUUCGAGUAUUAAGUCUUAAAAUACCCAAUGUUUCCAUUCUCAGAUGGCAAAGUAUUGUUCAGUGUUUGGCGCUGGUCUUUACCAAGCCAUUCGUCCUUAUAUUUGUCUAUGUUUUUAUUUUGCCUCAUUCUUGUUAUUUGCUGAUCGCCUAACUCGUUCCUGUGUUAUGUUUUUGAUUCCGAAUUUGGAAUUGUCUGCUUGUUUUGUAAAUAUAUUUUAGCAUUUAAAUGCCCUUAUUAUACAACACAAAUAUGCAGUGUCAGAUAUAACAUAUGCACUUAUCUAUAUGCUGUGUGAUGGUUUUAUUUAAUCACUUAAUUAUUUUUUUUUCUUUGGAUGCCUUAUGUGUUACAUUUGCAGUUCCUCACAUUAUGAUGGUAGCAGUAAAAUUUUAUCAUUCAGAUACUUGUAUUUAUAUGACACAAAUAUUUUAAAAUAUUACAAAAGUGGAUGUUUUUAUUUUUUAACAUAUUUACCGAAAUAUACAUAUGUUACAUACAGUAUAUGCGUAUAGAAUAGAAUUUUGGAAGGUGAGAUGAUGCUAGAGGAAUGGAGACGGAGUGUGCUGGUGUUGAUUUUUAAGAAUAAGGAAGAUCAGUCAAACCAUGAAGUUAUGGGAAAGAGUAGGGAAGAGGUGACCAUCUGUGAGCAACAGUAUAAUUUCAUGUUGAGAAAGAGCACUACAGACACAGUAUUUGCUUUGAGAAUGUUGAUGAAAUAAGUAAAGAGAAUGUCAGUAGUUGCAUUGAGUGUUUGUGGAUUUGGAGAAAGUGUUGUGGUAUUGUAUAAGGAAGUCAGUUGUGGCAGAGAAGUAUGUAAGGAUGGUGCAGGACAUGUAUGAGGACA